AUGAACUUCACUUUAAGUGAAAAUUCUGAAAUUGUCCAGUAUUGUUAUGAUUCUGUAAAAAGCUCAUGUCAGAAACGCCCUUACGCAAUCUCUGUCCGUAUCCUUAUAUAUGUAUUUCUGUGGAUGACAAUCAUUGUCACUAUUGUUGGAAACCUACUGGUCAUUAUUUCUAUUUCUCAUUUUAGAGUACUUCACUCCCCAACAAAUUAUUUUAUAUUGUCUUUGGCAGUUAUUGAUUUAUGUUUGGGAGGAUUUAUAAUGCCACCUGUUAUGGUUCGAAGUGUAGAGACAUGCUGGUAUUUUGGGAAAUUGUUCUGCAAGUUUCAUCUCAGUUCAGUUAUCAUGCUUUGCACUGCCUCUAUUAUUCAUCUGUCUGUUAUAUCUAUCGAUCGCUACUAUGCAGUGUGCCACCCAUUAAGAUACAAAACAAAGAUCACCCUAUCUGUAACUGUUAACAUAAUCUGUACCAGCUGGGUUGUUUCUGCUGUGCUUGGAUUUGGAAUUGUGUUUCUAGAGUUAAAUUUAAAGGGUAUAGAAGACUUCUACAAUACGAAUAUUAAUUGUGUAGGCAGCUGUAUUUUGAUGCAAAAUGAAAUAUCUGGACUGCUUUCAUCCUUAUUUUCUUUUUAUAUCCCUGGAUUUAUUAUGAUAUGUAUUUAUAUGAAAAUUUUUAGGGUAGCAAGGAGACAAGCAAGGUCAAUCAGAGACACAGCUCGUCCCAUGCAAAUUACUGAAGAAAAUGGAGACUCAGCUUCCAGUAAAAGAGAAGCUAAAGCUGCAAAAACUCUGGCAAUAGUAUUAGGAGUCUUUCUAAUAUGCUGGUCUCCUUUCUUUGUGUGUAAUAUAAUCGACCCUUUUAUACAUUACACAACACCGCCUUUAUUGAUAGAUAUACUUUCCUGGUUUGGCUACCUGAAUUCAACAUUUAAUCCAAUUGUUUAUGGUUUCUUUUAUAGCUGGUUUAGAAAAGCACUAAAAAUAAUUCUGUUAGGCAAAAUAUUUCAAAGUAAUUCCUCUAGAAUGAAACUAUAUGCAGAAUGA